UAUUGUAAAUAAUAUAUUAUGAAAACCAUUCAUGAUGGAAACUGUCUAUACUGCUGGUUUAAUUGUAAUAGGAGACGAAAUUCUACGUGGACAAAUUAUAGAUACAAAUACAUCAUACUUGGCAAAAAGAUUGCAAGCUUCUGGUAUUAAACUUCGGAAAGUAACAGUGAUUCUUGAUAUUGUGGAUGAAAUUGCAAAAACUGUACUUGAUUUCUCCAAAGAAUAUUCUAUUGUAUUUACAUCUGGUGGUGUUGGACCUACACAUGAUGAUGUAACAUAUGAAGCUAUAGCUAAAGGAUUGGGAUUAAAACUUGAACAACAUGAAGAAUUAGUUGAUAUCUAUUUAAGUCUUUUUCCUAAUCACAAAAAAGAAGCUCAACGUCUUACUAUUGUGCCAAGACCUUGUGAACUUAUUUAUGUAUAUUCACCAAAAAAAUAUGCCAUAGUAAAAGUAAAAAAUGUAUAUAUAUUACCAGGUUCACCAAAAUAUUUUGAGCUUUCUAUUGAUACAAUUAUACCUCAACUAAAAGAUAUUCCUUUAUAUUUUGAACAAAUAGAUAUUAAUUUGAAUGAGUUAUCAAUAGUACAAAUUUUAGAUGAACAUGUUAAGCUUUGGAAAGAUAAAAUUAAUAUUGGUAGUUAUCCACAAAUAAUACCAGAAUGUACUUUUACAAGGAUUACAUUAGAAGGAAAGAAAGAGGAUGUUUUGGAAGCAAAAGCAAAAUUUUUAUAUUCUUUACCAAUUCAAAAAAUUCGAAAUCUAAAAGAUGGAUUUAGUUAUUAUCAAGCAGAAACAGUCCUUAAAGAUGCUGAAAAUGAAGUACAUAUAAAAUGUGCAGUAGAUAUUUUGCAACAAUGUUAUAAAAUGUAUAAACCAGAAGAAAUUUUUAUUAGUUUUAAUGGUGGGAAAGAUUGCACAGUAGUUUUACAUUUAGCUGCCUGUAUUACAAAAUUACAAAAUAUCUCUUCAUUAUUAUGCUUAUAUGUAAUAGCGGAACCAUUUCCAGAAGUGGAUUCAUUUGUGGAAAAAGCUAUUCAAUAUUAUAAAUUAGAACUAAUAAAAAAAAAAGGUCCUAUGCGAUUAGCAUUAUGUUCAUUAUUAAAUGAAAGGACAAAUAUAAAAGCAAGUCUUAUGGGAAUGAGAAAAGGUGAUCCUGGUUCAGAAAAUUUAGAAGCCUUUACUCCAACUGAUCCAAAUUGGCCAAACUUAAUUCGUGUAAAUCCUAUUUUAAAUUGGUCAUAUGAUCAAAUAUGGAAAUUUUUAUUGAAACAUAAUGUACCUUAUUGUCCAUUAUAUGAUAAAGGAUAUACAAGUUUAGGAACAAAAUCAACAACAAUACCGAAUCCACGAUUACGGGAUCCUAAUGAUUCAUCAUUAUAUUUUCCUGCAUAUACUUUAACUGAUGAAUCUACAGAGAGACAAGGCAGAAUGUAGCUAUUAAAAUCAAGUAAAAGUAUUAUAUAUAUA